GUGGAGUGGAGUGGAGCCUGCAUGAAUUCGCUCGAGGUAUGUGGAUCCCAGCAAUCAGGCUUCCAUGCUUCUAUCAGUCUCAAAAUUGGUGAUUUAGAACCAACAUGAAGUUCCUCACAAAUAUGCUAACUGUUACGAUGUCAGGCAAGGGAGCAGACACCAAUCUUCAUGCUGGGGAAGUCGACCCCACCCUGGUGGCAAACGCUACAGCCAAUCGCAUGGCAGCUCAGUUCUUUGAAAAGUAUGACCGCUUCGAGGUGCAAGAAAUGCUGGCUCAGACUUCAUAUCACUGGUUCUUAUCUCAGGAUGAGCACAAGCUACAAGCAGAGCCACCCAAUGGUAUCAUCAUGUCGAGUAAACCCUUCCUUAAUAAUAACUGCUUGAUUCUAAUGCCCUUUGACCCAACGGUGGAACCUAUUGACUUUCGGCUCAUUCACCAAAUCCUUAGAGAACUUGUGAUGGGCAUUUACGGCCUUAAUCAGGUACCGUCAAUAACCCUAGAAGCUAACUUUGAUCAGAGUACCUCCUGCCAGUUACCGCCGGCCUACAACGAUACGUACGUCGGCCAGCUCCUCACCAACGUGGACUACAUGAUGAAAGCGUUGUGGCACGGGGCCUACUUCCCCAGAGAUAAACGCACCAAGUUUUCCGAGCGCUGGCGCUCAAGCCUCGACGUCAACGCGGAAGGGGUACCUGAAUCUAAGAAGAUCGUCCUUACAGAAUUUACAUUGGCAGGAAUGAUUGAUGUCACCAAAGAUCCUGACUACGCGACCAUCUAUGACAACAUGAGGCUCUUCCCAAUGAGCAAGCAUGAUGCUAACAUAGACAAACGUCUCUUCAUGCAGUACGUCAACGACAUGUCGGUGCAGUUGACAUGGAGACAGAAGACUGUCCAGCAGCACAAUAACUUGUUUGUAAUUGACGCAGCUUACGAGGUUUCCGGAGUCUUGAGGCUUCACGAGGAUAGGACUGACCGUGACAUAUACGAGAGACUGCAGACAAGAUUACAGGCCCAUGUUGAUGUAAUCGAGAAACAUUUGUGCAACAAGGCCGAGGUACGGCGCCAGAUGUCUCUCUUGAGGCUGAUCAGUUUCCUCGUUCCAUUCUUGAUGGGACUAAGGAGAAAGAACAAAGUCCCAGACAUGUCCAGACUUCUACCUCAACUUACAGCUGAUGAAUGCAAGACAGAAAGGGAACUCCCACCCUUGAUGCUGUCCCCGGAGUUCCGCUGCCCAAACUUUGACUUUGGUAACAAGUAUUUCCACCUCCAUGGAGGCAUCCAGAUUGACAUCGAAGGCGAUGACGUGGUCCUCGACCCCCCUGAGGUCAUCCUCAACCACUACAACAAGAUCCAGUUGGAGGCCACGGAGAGACUGGCGAAGCUGACGGAACCUGACACGUUCCAGGAGUCUUAUCCUAUGGUUGUCAUUGAGCUUGGAGGAAAGAAAUACUACGCAUUCUCGAUGGACCUUGAGACCUACUACCCUGUGUCUCCGCCACGCCCCCUUUGGUGUCAUUCAUUCUACGAGAAGAUCAAGGAUUUGAAGCCAAAGAGAUUACCCUUGACGGAUAUCCACAUGCACGAACAAUUCAAGCGGAGAUACGGAUACCACCAAGCCAUCAAGUUUAAGUCCUUACAAGCUGGUCUCAGGCAAGCGGCAAUCAGAGGCCUAGUCUCCGUAUUUCAGACCCUCGCUCGUAAAUGUCCCGCAUCUCGUCUUGGCAACCAAGACGAGGAUGGCUACUCCCUGGUUCACUACGCUGCCCUUCACAACCGCGCUCAGAUCCUUCAACUGCUUAUGAUACAAGGCCAAGAUAUCAGUGUAAGAAGGCAUCAUCUCACUACACAAGUCGGCACCACUCCCCUUCAUCUUGCAGCCAAGAGUGGAAGCUUGGAUGCCGCCCUGUUGAUGGUGAGUAACCAUGGCGAUAUGGUGAGUGCUGACAAUGCUGGCUGGGCAGCGAUACACCAUGCAUCCUUCUACAACCACGCUCCCAUCGUUAGGAUGUUCAUUAGGAAGUUUGAAGAUCAGAUGGAACUGGAAACGUGGGAUAAGUUGCGACAGACCCCUCUGCUACUAGCUGCCAGCAGCGGGGCCUUAGAGUCGGUCAAGAUCCUGAUAGAGCUAGGUGCGAAGAUCCUCAAGACGGACAUGGAGAAGAACAACAUGGUUCACCUGGCUGCUCUAAGGUUCCACACUUAUGUCCUAGAGUUCUUCAUUGAAUGGAAUCACAAGGAUGCACCAGUCUGGAAGACUCUCGUUGAGAUGUUGAAUUCAACAGAUUUCCGGAAGAAAGACAGUGCUGUUCGAUCUCUAGAGGUACUUACAACAUCUGGAAAACAUCACUGGAAGGCUAUAUUGGAAGCUAAUGGUAUCCCAGCCUUGGUGAAGAUCCUUCAGAUGAAAUCCCCCGAGAUGCAGUCCCUUGGAGCCGCAGUCCUGUGCAAUAUGUCCUGCAACGAACCAAUCUGCCAUGCCAUCGCCGAAGCAGGGGGAAUCCCCACCCUCAUCAAGCUCCUGGCCUCCAACCGAGACGACAUCCAGUCCCGGACGGCCAUCAUCGUAGCCGACAUGGGCGCCUACGACGACCACCAGACGGAGUUCAGUCGGGAGGGCGGUGUCCCGCCCCUCAUCCAUCUCCUGGAUUCAGAACUUGAGGAUGUCCUCAAGCAAGCAGUCAACGCUGUCCGGGUGCUCUGUCUCGAUCAUCACGAGAAUCAGACACUGGUGUCCAAGCAUGGUGGAAUUGCACCUUUGGUGGAGUUUCUUACAGUCAAUUCUGAUGAACUGAAGGAGGCUUCGGCUGCUGCCCUCGCUGCCCUUACUUACGGUCACCAUGACAACCAGAAUGCUGUCAUCGCGGAGGGAGCAGUUGAGCCGCUGGUCAAGCUCAUCAAGUGUCAUAACAUCAAGGUGCAGGUCAAAGCCGCUGCAGCCUUAGAGUCUCUCGGCGAGAGCAAUCCCGAUUCUCAGAGGGCCAUACUUGAUCUACAUGCUCCAGGAGCUCUCAUCAAACUUCUAACGUUCUGGGCUUUAGAUGUGAAGGAGCAGGCUGCUUGCUCCUUGUGGGCUUUGGCAGGAAACACAAGGAGACAACAGAAGGAAAUAGCUCAAUACAUUGGUAUCAGUGGUAUCAUCGAUCUGAUCGUCAAGUCAGAAAGAUUACAGUAUGUGGCCUGCAAGGCAAUGAUUGCAUUGACGAGAGAAAGUUUUGACAAUCAGAAUGAAAUCAAGAAGGAGAAUGGAAUUCUUCCCCUGGUUCGUAUCUUACGCUCCACUAAAACGAUAGAAAGGGUUCUCAUGACGGUAAUCAAGGCUCUUGGGACACUCUGUAUAGGUGUGGCCAACCGGAACAACCCUGUCACCCAGAACAAGAUCGCUGAAGAGGGGGCCAUCGGUACCCUCGUGGGUCUCCUGCGCUCCUCCUCAAACCCUCACAUCAAGGUGGAGAUCGCCGUCACCCUCGCUAUCAUCCUUGGUAACCGUAGCAACCAGAAGCUUCUCGAAGAGGAACCGAUGUUCAGCAUCCAUCUGCUGCUCCAGCUGAUGAAUGAAAAGGAUGAGAGUGUUCGUCUGAAAGCAGGAACAGCCCUGUCCACCUUUGCCUUCAACAACACCAGCCAGCAGUACAACAUACGGGAAGCAGGAGGGAUCAGGAUGUCAAACUUCCAGAGAUUCUUGGAGUCUGAGGAUGAUAGUCAUCAAGCCCAUGCUGCUUUUCAGAUUGUGGUUCUAGCCCGUGUAAUCGUUGACAGGGAUCAGGUAUCAUUGUCAGCGGAAGGAGUAACAAGGCUGGUAGGAUUACUCAAGUCUGAGAAUCAAAACACUGUUAUUCUUGCAGGGAGCCUCCUUGCCAGUCUUGCCCACACCAGGGCGGGUAUACCCGAUGCCAUGAUCACAUCCGGUGCUGUCGACAUCCUCAUCAACCACCUCAACUCCGACAACAUCGAAGUCCGUAGCUCCUCGGCAGUGGCCCUUGGCUAUCUGACAUUCAACAGGACGGCGACGCGGCUUUUGCUGAUCGCCACCAGGAACACACCGGGUCUCUUCCAGAAGCUGAUGGACAACCUGGAUAAAGAUGGCAAGAUCUCUGAAGACUUCACUGAGGAGUUCAGAAGACAACAGGUUGUUGGACUACCAGCUCUAAGCUUGGAGAAGCAUGGAGGCCCAUCAGCUAUACCUCCACCAAGACCAAGAGGCUCAAGCAGGCAACAGAGUCGACCAAACACGACCAUGGGUUUCAACAGCCGUCCCACCACAGCAGCUUCCUCCAAAUCGGGUAAACCGCCCCCAAGGUCAACCUCGGCACCGGUUCGCUCCCGUCAGGUCCGAACUCCAAAGGUCAUCACCCCUAAGGUCAUCGCCCAGGGCAACGGACGCAGGGUCAAGAUAGAGGAGGGUAACGUGUCGUCAGCUAAGUCGACAAAUACAAAGGUAGCUUGGGACUGAGCGAGAGAAGAAUUCUCCGCUUGUUUUUUGAAGUCAUUUGUGUGUCAUCACUUCAACCUGUCUCUUAACCUGCCUGUAUUUUGAAAUCUUGUGCUCAAAUAGCACAUUUAGUAAUACUGGUGGGUGUUUCGUAAAGCUGUUCGUAAGUUAAGAGCCACUUUAAGAACGACUGGUGAUCAUUUCUUGUGGUAAAUGGUAUAUACCAAAAUGUUAAUUGGAGAUGGUUUUGUGCGUAAGAAAGGAUCAUCAGUCAUUCUUAAAGUCGUUCUUAACUUACGAACAGCUUUAUGAAACAGCCCCCUGGUAAUAAUGUGUUAUACUAUGCAUUGUUUGUGCAGUGUAAUGCCUGUUUAUAUUUGUUUUGCCUUAUUGUAUUUUUUGUUUUGCAAUUGCCUUGUGUGUGAACAAUACUUAAUUAAUGCCAUGUGGAAGCAUUAAGCUUUUGCUCCACGACACAUGACAGGUGAAAGAACAUUAUACAAAUGAUGCAUGCAGCCGAGUGCGUUAGUGGAAAUGCAGAGCACGCAAGGUUUCUUUAGAUAGAUGCCGCACUUUGCACAAGCCGCUUGCGGCAGUUGCCCAGUAUGUAUCAUCUGAAGAAACAGAGCUUUCUCUGCAUUUACUUUUACGCACAACAGAGCGAGUGCAUUAUUUGUGUUAUAAAAUAGCAACACAGAAACAAAUUUUUAAAAAGUUACAGUAGUUUUGUUGGACUUCUCCCGGGACUUCUACAGCACUGGUUUGCUCGAGCCGGGGCUCGAGCGUGCAAUAUAAAUUUUCGUUGCGCACCUUUUGCACUGCCGUGCAGUGCACCAAAAAAGUUGUGUCAUGUGACACGUAUUGGCCAAUUGCUAUGCUUGAAAAUAUAGAGCUAUUUUAUAAAAUAAAAUGUACUGUCAAAUGCCCUUCAUGACAGUUAAAAACCAAGAAGUCUUUGACGAAAAUUUGUGAAUCGAACAGCAGUUCUGUCCUGGACUCUGGACAAAUACAGUCCGACCUCUCUUAUCCGGCCUCCCCUUAUCCGGAUCUCUCUACUAUCCGGAUGCACACUUGCCGAGAUUUUUUUUUUUUAUUCAAUCUACUGCAUGGAGAAAUGAGAUUUCAAUCUAAAUUCAAUCCUACGCAAACUCGCUUUCAUUAUAUAGUCUACCAACACCAAAAUUAUUUUUCAUGAAAAAAAUCUCACCCAAAUCACCGAAAGAACCUAGACAAGGUAUUUUCCAGUAAAUCAGGGCGCAGCACAAACAUUUCAUCACUUAUCCCGAUUGGUGCUGGUCCUAACGUGUCCGGAUAAGAGAGGUCGAACUGUAUUUACAGAUGUUGGUAAUCUCUAAGACUGAGGACGAAACUGCUGUUCCGGUUCUCCAAUAUUUUGACAAAGACCUCCCACAGCUGUUCAUUUUCAUUUGACACGCAUCUUCACUACAUUAACCAUGUUCUUGAAUCCCAUCUGCGUCGCGGAGCGAAAACUCCCUAUUGAAAUGUGAUGUCAGAGAGUAUUAUGAACAUUUUUUUUUAUCCCGCAUAGACUAGUCUUUUAAUAAGUAUGUGUAUUCAGCCAUUGGCUAGCACACACAUGAAAUUCAUAAAGAAGAGAUCCAUCCAAUUGUAUAUUUUAUAUAUCUAGCAGCAUCAUAUUUGUGCAAUGGAAUUUUAAGUAUAGUUUAGAAUUGUAUUAAAGAGAACAUAUUAAGUAUAAACUACAUAUUAAGUAAAUUUAAUAGAUGCAAAUAAAAGUGUAUUUGAGGAAGAGAUGAAAAAAGAAAAUAUGAAUUGAAGUUUGAUGACUGACUAGUUAUCAUGUUAAUAUAACACCAAGAUUCUUGUAACAUUUGGUUGUCAGGUUAUUUUAAGUCAUAUUUUUUAUAUUGAUUUAUUGGAUGGAAUUCAUGUUUAUACCGUACUUGUACCUUUAUAACAUGAACUCAACCCAGCCAUGUAUUUAGAUCAUAUUAUGCAUCAUUUCUUUAAGUGCACAUGUGGGGUCAUGCAUUUAUUGUGCAUUCGGGUCAUUUGUUUUUUAUACACAGAAGUGAUUUGUUGCUGUAUAGUACUUGCAUUGGUUUGUGCCUUACAAAUGUUAUUUUUGCAUGCAGGAUUAGGUACAUGUAUGUAUUUUGAUCUUGAUACGAGUCACAUCUUUUACCAUUCUUCAACUAGCCACUUUGUCUGAAUCGGUGGUUCUGAUCUGAUCAAGUUAUGACUUUCAUGUCGUGAACUGUAAUAUUAUGCAAUGUUAUCAAAAUGUAAUCCAUUCUAGCUAUUGAAUUACACAUGACUUUGAACUAUCACACCUUGAUAAAUUCCAAACUUUGAUGGUCCUAAUUUUUUAUUCGAGUAUCCGUCCAAUGCUUUUAUAUAAAUGGAAGCAGCAUAUACAAAAUGUACGUAUGUAUAACAUGAUGAAAUCUUUGAUAUCAUAACUGAAUAUUUUUAUGUUUGAUACAAUUUGUGCAUUCCAUAAUACACAUGCUCCCAAGGUUUGUCUUCAAGAGGUUUUCUUUUCCUUGGGGUUCAACAAUAAUUCCUACAUAGCAUGUGCUGUGAGUCAGAAUGUGGAGUGUCAUGGCCCUGUGGAUUAGUCUUUGGACUUUGAAACAAAAGGUUGUGAGUUUGAAUCCCAGCGAUGGUUGUUUCCUUCAGCAAGGAAUUCAUCCACAGUGUGCUGCACUCGACCAAGGUGAGGUAAAUGGGUUCCGGCAGGAAGUAAUUCCUCAAAAAGCUGUGUGCACCUGAAUAGGUAGCCUAGCUUUAGCCGGGGUAAUACGGUAACAAUAGCAGGGCCCGCUGGGAGAACAGUUUUCGGAACUGAACUGGCUACCCUGGGUAAAUAUACCGUUAUUAGAAUUGAAAAAAGAGGGAUAUUUUACUGAACAAUGAAUCCUAAAUUCAGGGAAUAUUACAAAUUAAUAAAGUAGAACUACAAGUGACAUCCCAGGAAAACUUUAGUGUUUAAAAAAAGGUUUGUAAUUAGUUUUAAAGAGACAGACUUUCAUUAAUACUUGUAUACUGUAUGGUGUUGAGUACACAUAAUCUCUUAUGAUUAUUACAAAGGGGCGAUGUUACAAUAUGAAUGCAAAAUGUGCACAAGUUAUCAUGAAAUGCACAAAUUGCAAAUGAUUGUAAUAUAAUGUAUAUGCAUUAAGAUAUAUUUGCCUUUGCUGCCAUUAAAUAGAUUUUAUAAUUAUUAAUGAAUGAAUAUCACCUAAUUACUGUCUUGUAAUAAUGUAUCAUAGUUCUAUCAGAAAUUCCCUUCUAUACAAAGAAAAUGUGUAAAUAUAUAUGCCUGCAAAGCAAGUAUUUCCUUUUUUUUAAACAUUUUGAUGGACACAAUGUAAG